UGCACAGCAGAUUCCUGGGGGUGGGUGGACUGACAGUGUCUGGGAGCAGCUUCCCCUGCUGAACUACCCUCUGCGCCUGAGCAGCACAGACCUCCAGAGCCUCUGCGUCUUAAGUUAUUCCAACCACAGGAAGCCACAACCAUGUCGGCCCCAAGGGAAGUGGCAAUCGGCAUCGAUCUGGGCACCACGUUCUCGUGCGUGGGCGUGUUCCAGCACGACAAGGUGAAGAUCCUCGCCAACGACCAGGGCAACCGCACCACGCCCAGCUACGUGGCCUUCACCGACACCGAACGGCUGGUGGGGGACGCCGCCAAGAGUCAAGCUGCCCUGAACCCGCACAACACUGUGUUCGACGCCAAGCGCCUGAUAGGGCGCAAGUUCUCGGACGCGACGGUGCAGUCUGACAUGAAGCACUGGCCAUUCCAGGUGGUGAGCGAGGGCGGCAAGCCCAAGGUGUGCGUAUCCUUCCGCGGGGAGGACAAGGCGUUCUACCCUGAGGAAAUUUCAUCCAUGGUGCUGAGCAAGAUGAAAGAGACAGCCGAGGCAUACCUGGGCCAGCCUGUGAGGAACGCUGUGAUCACGGUGCCUGCCUAUUUCAAUGACUCGCAGCGCCAGGCCACCAAGGAUGCGGGAGCCAUCGCGGGGCUCAAUGUGCUCAGGAUCAUCAACGAGCCCACUGCAGCCGCCCUUGCCUAUGGGCUGGAUCGGCGUGGGGCCGGGGAGCGCAAUGUGCUCAUUUUUGACCUUGGUGGAGGCACUUUCGAUGUGUCAGUCCUCACUAUCCACGCUGGUGUCUUCGAGGUGAAGGCCACGGCUGGAGACACUCACUUGGGUGGAGAGGACUUCGACAACCGGCUGGUGAACCACUUCGUGGCGGAGUUUCAGCGGAAGCAUGGGAAGGAUGUGAGCGGCAACAAGCGGGCUCUUCGCCGAUUGCGCACAGCCUGCGAACGGGCCAAGCGUACUCUGUCCUCCAGCACUCAGGCCACUCUGGAGAUUGACUCCCUGUUCGAAGGCAUGGACUUCUACACGUCCAUCACUCGUGCCCGCUUUGAGGAACUGUGCUCGGACCUCUUCCUCAGCACCCUGGAACCUGUGGAGAAGGCCCUGCGGGAUGCCAGGCUGGGCAAGGCCCAAAUCCAUGACAUCAUCCUAGUGGGUGGUUCCACCCGCAUCCCUAAGGUGCAGAAGCUACUGCAGGAUUUCUUCAACGGCAAAGAGCUGAACAAGAGCAUCAAUCCUGAUGAGGCUGUGGCCUAUGGGGCUGCUGUGCAGGCGGCAGUGUUGAUGGGGGACAAGUGUGAGAAAGUGCAGGAUCUCCUGCUGCUGGACGUGGCUCCCCUAUCUUUGGGGCUGGAGACAGCAGGCGGGGUGAUGACCACACUAAUCCAGAGGAAUGCCACCAUUCCAAACAAGCAGACCCAGACUUUCACCACCUACUGUGACAACCAGCCUGGGGUCUUGAUCCAGGUGUAUGAAGGUGAGAGGGCCAUGACCAAGGACAACAAUCUGCUGGGGCGUUUUGAGCUCAGUGGCAUCCCCCCUGCCCCACGUGGAGUCCCUCAGGUAGAGGUGACCUUUGACAUUGAUGCCAAUGGCAUCCUGAGUGUGACAGCCACUGACAGGAGCACGGGCAAGGCUAACAAGAUCACCAUCACCAAUGACAAGGGCCGGCUGAGCAAAGAAGAAGUGGAGAGAAUGGUUCAUGAGGCUCAGCAGUACAAGGCUGAGGAUGAGGCCCAGAGGGACAGGGUGGCUGCCAAAAACUCCCUGGAGGCUCAUAUCUUCCAGGUAAAGGGCUCCUUGCAAGAGGAAAGUCUUAGGGACAAGAUUCCUGAAGAGGACAGGCACAAAGUGCAAGACAAGUGUCAGGAAGUCCUUGCCUGGCUGGAGCACAACCAGCUGGCAGAGAAAGAGGAAUACGAGCAUCAGAAGAAGGAACUGGAGCAAAUCUGCCGCCCCAUCUUUUCUAGGCUGUAUGGAGGGCCUAGUGUUCCAGGAGGCAGCAGCUGUGGGGCUCAAGCCCGCCAGGGGAGGCCCAGUACUGGCCCUCUCAUUGAGGAGGUUGAUUAGAUGACCUCUGAUGAUAAGUCUGCUAUUACUGUAAAGGCCUGGGCUUAUGGGCCUUCUAGACACUCUUCUAUGAUUCUGUCCGGUAACUUCAGUGGUUCUGGGGUGAAUGGUAUCUUCCCCCUAAAGCUGGGAGCUUUCUUCUCAGUAUGUGGUAUAACUGAGGUUGUCAUUAUUUGACUUUUUAAAAAAAUUCCUCUUCCCCCAUUUCAUACAAACAGAAACCAUUGGUUUUUUAUUAACAUUUGUGUGGCACUUUUAACAUUGCUUUGUUAUACAUUUUGUUUUUAUUUUUACUUUCAUGUAUGGAUUUUGUGGAUGUGAAAUAUAGUUGUGGAUCUAAAUAAACUUUAAAAACUCC